AUGGAUAAAAAUACGAAAAACAAAAAAACCACUGGAAAAGAGGUGGAGAAACCCUCCACCUCCUCAUCCGGGCACCUUGAAAAGGGGAAGGUCAAAAGACCAAACAAAAAUCGGCUGCCAUUCGAGUUGCCCAAGUUGGGAGAACCGGGUGGCAGAGAUGACCCACUGAGGAGAGGACUCAGUGGUGCAGGGGUGCGAAGGUACCUGCGACACCUCCAUCAGGGCCUUGCACCUGAGGAGGCUAGGAAGCAAGCUCUUUCGCACCCAACCCCGAAGGUUACACCUACGGGAAAACAUAACAAAAGAGGUCCGGAGCUUAUAACACCUCCGACGCGGCCUCUACCAAAGAGGCAGAAGACAGCUGUGGCUAAGACCGGGCAAGUCACUGGCUAUGCAGCAGCUGUCAAAGCUGAGAAAACCUCCAGGGUUGGAAUCAUGCCCAAGGACUACCCUAAGGCCACCCUGGAGGCAGAGCAACUUUCCUCCCUGGAAGAUAUCCUGGUGGAGGAGAUGUGCCAGAGCCAGGAAAGGGGGAUCCACUUUACUGGCGUUCAUUUCAGAAAUGGAAUGAUGCUGGUCGAUUGUGGAUCCCAGGGAUCUGCGGAAUGGAUCAUGAAAUCAGUUCCGCAGCUGAAAUCUUGGAAGGGACCCGAGUUGGUGGUGCUAAGGGGAGACGACAUCCCCAAGCCCACCAACAUUACGGUAUUCUUUCCAAGAAGCCAAGAAAUGGAGCCUGAGAAGAUCCUCAGACUCGUUGAAGUUCAGAACUCCAACCUCAAUACUGGGGCAUGGAGAAUUCUGAACUCCAGGAAGGAGGGCAAGGGAACAGUCCUCACGAUUGGGAUCGAUCCCCAAACAGAGGAAACCCUGAAGGCAGGGGGAUGUUGCCUUAACUUCCGGUUUGGGCGCAUCCCAGUCUCAGGGUUGAAGAAUAAGAAUGUCCCUGUGGAGGGUUCGGUGGAUGUGGAGAUGCCCUCCACAUCCCGGGAGCCCGAGGUGCAGGGAGAAGGGGCAGACUCAAGUCUGGGGCAAGCUGUUGGCUCUGCCGGGGCGCCUAUGGCGGCGGAGAUUCCCUCUGCCGCCCUGGCGGCUGGGCGCAGCUGUCAGCUGUCCGGGAGUGCCUUCUCGGAUUCCGAAAGGGAAGAACACCGUAAGGAAUCGGAGGAGGAACAGGAGAAGAUGGAGGAGGGGACGUAAAGGGACGGGGUAACCAACGUCCCUCACCCCAAAACAACCACUGCAUCUUCUCGAAAGUAGUGCAAGUGAACCUGCAUCACGCGAAGGGUUCUUCAGCAGUGGUUGCAAGGUUAUUUGCGAGGUUGCAAUUAGGCAUUGCUCUGAUCCAGGAACCCUGGAUCAACAAAGAAGGCCAAAUCUCAGGAUUGGCAUGCAAAGAUUCAAAACUGAUUUAUGACCAGAGGCAGAAUACAUGUCUCGGGACCUGAUUCCAAUCAUGGUACACCUCAACGUUGGGGGCAUCGACCGGGACAUUGUCAUAGCAUCUGCAUACUUCGCUGGAGAUGGGCCAAUUACACCGCCAGAGGAAGUACAGCGGCUAGUACGAUACUGCAACAGCAGGAAGUUGCCAAUUAUAAUUGGAUGUGAUGCCAACGCACACAACACCACUUGGGGAAGCACGAACAACAACGCUAGAGGUGAGUGCUUGCUUGAAUAUCUCUUAGCUAACAAUCUCGAGACAUUAAAUGUGGGGACUACACCAACUUUUGUCACGAGAGCGAGAGAAGAGGUCCUGGACGUGACAAUUGUUAAUGUCGCUGCCAGGAAAAAUAUCACUUCCUGGAGAGUGAUGAACGAACCUUCACUCUCUGAUCAUAGAAUUAUCGAGUUCAAGGUGGAGGGAGAAAUAACCUCGCCCC